AUGGCGAUCGAAAAAGACAUCUUGAUGGCAACAGCCUUCACUCCUGAGAACACAGACCAUUUACGCUGCGAGUUGCACAAUGUCGUUAUGCACUUUGCACACACGACCUUUCAAUGUGACUUGAUGCAGCCCGAGACGAUUGAACUUACGCAUAUAGGCAUGACGCGCUGGUCAAACUACUUCAAAGCGGCAUUGCGCGGAUUGCAGUCUGUCUUGCCCGCCGACGUAUUGAGAAGCGCUCGGGGCACCAUUCACAUCCUUGUUGAUGGUAGUGUGCCAGCAGAAAGCAGCCUGAGCUCCAGUGCAGCUAUGACGACAGCUAGCAUGAUUGCUGUUCUGACUGCAUUGCGCGCUACACACUGUAUGACACGCCAAGCUAUAGCUGACUUGGCCUGUCGCAGUGAACGCUUGGUAGGCGUGAACUCGGGUGGGAUGGACCAGGCUGUUUCUAUGUUUGGGCAGCGGGACCAUGCAAUCUACGUGUCAUUCGUUCCGAGCCUACGAACGACGCCGAUCAUGUUGCCGAUCCAGAAUGAGUACCUGUUUCUUGUCACCAACACCAUGAUGGCGUCUGACAAAAAGGUACACGCUCCUGUGCAAUACAAUCUGCGUGUCGUUGAAACGCGAAUCGCAGCGUGUGCACUGAAGCGGGUUUUGGGCACCAAAGCGGACAUGCCCUUCCAGUUCCCUCAGACACUUCGCGCUGUCUCAGACACAUACUGGUUGAGCCGCCCAGGUGCCUUGGACAAGAUGAUGGAAGAAUAUGACGAUGUGAAGAUGGCGUUCCAGGAUCUUGGUAAGGAGGCUGCGCAGCUGCAGGCGAUGCUCAAUAUUGUGGAAGCAAGCCUUCCUAGGUGCGGUCUUUCACGUACUGAAGUCGAAGAGCUGGUCGGUCUCCACGGUCAAGACUUUGAUCAGACGUUCCUCAGCGACUUCCCCAUUCAUGCGAAUCAGUUUUUCCUCCAUGCACGUGCAUUCCAUGUGUACUCAGAAGCGCUGCGUGUUCUGCAAUUCCGCUCUGUCCUCGAACGUACACGCGCUCGAACUGAACAAGGUGCACCCGUUGAUUUGCACCGCGUAGCGCAUCAUCUAGGCUCGUUGAUGAAUGCCAGUCAUGAGAGCCUGCGAAAUGACUAUGACUGCAGUUCGUCCGAGUUGGACUUGAUCGUUUGCAUCGCCAGGAAGCAGGGUGCUUUGGGAUCUCGCCUGACUGGUGCUGGAUGGGGUGGCUGCGCUGUACACUUGAUCCACCGUGAUUCCAUGCAUGCAAUCAUGCACUCGCUGAAGGAAUUGUAUUAUUCCAUCAAGUUUGGCUACCUGAAAGAGUCUCAGCUGGAAGAAGUCAUGUUCCCUACACACCCUGCUGAGGGUGCAUGUGUUGUCCACCUAUGA